UUGAAUGAAUGGAGAGUUAGGUGUUUGCAGGCGGUGCCUGUGUCUGUGCCAGUGUUGCCGUCCUAGAGAGAGGUCGCAGGCGCAAGGACACCCUGGUUUUCCUCUUUACUGGCAGUUACUGUUCUCAGCAGCGGUGCUGGAGCUCCCUGUCCUCCCUCUCUCCGUGUCUCUGUCUCCCUGUCCGGUGCUGUCAGAAGAGAGUAAAAGGCUUUGCUCAAAGUAGCACCAGAAGGUAAUUUGGAAGUGGCCGAAUUGCUGAGGAAAAGUUGCCAAUCCGGGAUGAAGCGAAAGCAGAAGAGGUUUCUGCAGAUGAUCGGACUGUUUAUCGUGGCGCUGGUUUUCCUUCCAAAUGUUGGUCUGUGGUCCCUUUACAAGGAGAAGCACUUGGAAAAAUCAUUGGAGUCAGGAGAUCAGGGUUUUCCAUUUGGUCCAAAUGAAGAGCGUUCCUACAGCUGGGCAGAUGGCCUGAAAAGGAAGGAUUGGCACAACUAUGAAACUAUUCGCAAAGACUUAAUGCGUUCAGGAAUUGGUGAACAUGGAAAGCCAUAUCCACUGACAGAUGAAGAUCAAGCUGAUUCAGCAUACAGGGAAAAUGGCUUCAACAUUUACGUGAGCAACAACAUUGCUGUAGAUCGUGCGCUUCCAGAUAUUCGACAUUCAAACUGUAAACACAAAAUGUAUUUGGAAAAGUUGCCAAACACCAGUAUCAUCAUCCCUUUCCACAAUGAAGGCUGGUCUUCGCUCCUGCGGACUGUGCACAGUGUUAUCAAUCGCUCUCCGGAUGAGUUAAUAGCAGAAAUCAUUCUGGUGGAUGACUUCAGUGAUAGAGAACACUUGAAAGAACGUUUAGAAGAACACAUGGCUAGAUUUCCGAAGGUGAGAAUCAUGCGUACCAGGAAAAGAGAAGGUCUAAUCCGAACCAGGUUAUUGGGAGCUUCAGUAGCAAAAGGAGAAGUCUUAACAUUCCUGGAUUCUCACUGCGAGGCCAAUGUCAACUGGUUACCACCGCUCCUUGACCAGAUCGCACAAAACCACAAGACAAUUGUGUGUCCUAUGAUCGAUGUCAUUGACCACAAUCACUUUGGCUAUGAGACGCAGGCUGGAGAUGCCAUGAGGGGAGCCUUUGACUGGGAGAUGUACUACAAGCGUAUUCCAAUACCGCCAGAGCUCGAAAGGCCUGACCCCAGUGAUCCAUUUGAAUCACCUGUUAUGGCUGGAGGCCUAUUUGCUGUGGAUCGACAAUGGUUCUGGGAGCUAGGUGGCUACGAUCCAGGCCUGGAGAUCUGGGGAGGAGAGCAGUAUGAAAUUUCAUUCAAGGUCUGGAUGUGUGGCGGCCACAUGUAUGAUGUUCCUUGUUCCAGGGUAGGACAUAUCUACAGAAAAUACGUCCCGUAUAAAGUUCCCUCUGGGACCAGUUUAGCCAGAAAUUUGAAGAGAGUGGCAGAGACCUGGAUGGAUGAGUAUGCAGAGUAUAUCUAUCAACGGAGGCCUGAGUACAGGCAUCUCUCCACAGGUGACCUCACAGCCCAGAAAGUCCUGCGGAAGCACCUCAAGUGUAAAGAUUUCAAGUGGUUCAUGACAGAGGUCGCCUGGGACCUGCCAAAGUACUACCCUGCUGUGGAGCCAUCACCAGCUGCCUGGGGAGAAAUCCGAAAUGCUGCCGCCAAUCGAUGUGUGGACAGCAAGCACGGAGGCACAGGGACCGAACUGAGGAUGGACGCGUGCAUCAAGGACGGCUCGGAACGCACAUGGUCACAUGAACAGAUCUUUACAUUUGGUUGGCGGGAAGAUAUACGACCUGGAGAACCUCUUCACACUAGGAAGUUCUGCUUUGAUGCCAUUUCCCAUAGCAGCUCUGUCACACUGUAUGACUGCCACGGCAUGAAAGGGAAUCAGUACUGGCGCUAUCGGAAGGACAAGAGCCUCUAUCAUCCUGUGAGCAACAGCUGCAUGGACUGCAACUUAGCUGACAAGAAGAUUUUCAUGAACAGAUGUAACCCUUCAGUGCAUACCCAGCAGUGGAUUUUUGAACAUGUUAAUGUGACUGUUCUUGAAAAAUUCAACAAUGAUUCCACUUCAUAAGGACUCCUUUAUUACAGUGGAAUAAAUCGUGCACACAGCAUUGGUCCUUUGACAGGAAUUGUUGGCAUCUGGAUCAGUCAAUUCAGGUGUUAAAUUUCAUAGCUACAGUGGGCUUAAUCUCAGGAUCAGUAACAACCGUAGCUGAAGUCAAGAAUGCAACUGAGGCACUUUGCAAAAGAACUUCACCACCAGCUGUCGCAAGAAAACAAAACGUGAAACUGAAGCAGACUUGGGAAUGCCUUGCUGGUCAAGAGCAAUUAAAAUUAAAAUGUAGGGCAGCAAAUCAAAAUGGAAUCAAAAUGGAAUUCUGUAGAUUCCCAGUCAGUCCAACCUGUCGAUCUCUGAGGGGAUGCUAAUUGCACUUUUGUUUUAGAGCAGGCCACCUGUUUGACAUGUUGGCAGAAGACUGCGUGGCUGAUGCCAAUUCAAAUCUUUGACUCGAAUGGGAUGACAGCCCAGGUUUAAUGAUGCACAGAGCUUUUUGAUCCUGUUUUGGACGUUGUGAAAAAAAUUGUCUUUUUUUCCUCCCUUUUUUGUAUUAAUUAAAUUUGAAAAACAAUUCUGUGAGUUUUUCAUUAGAAGUUUGUGUGUGAUGCGAAUUCUGGGGAUUGCAGUAAAUGUUUAUUUACAAAUCUGCUUUAUCGAUUUCAUUUUCCACAUAACACAGAAAAUAAUGAAUAUUUC